GUUUGAUGCUUUCGUAGUCAACUGCUGUGGUACAUCUGUAGAAGUUGGGCUACAGUCAAAGACCUACCCUCGUAGAGCUUGUAUAGAUGCUUAGAUGCUGCUCAGGUACUUGAUAAUGAUAUUGUGACUCUCAGGAGCUUACAUUACCUGGAGUAAAUCUAGAGUUUACCUUAACAAACGAACAGCUCAAGCCCUACAUUCCUUCCAAUAUCGAAUAGACCACAAACCGAGUGUCACACAAGCUCACUAACAUUCUAUCAUUGCAUAUGAGACAGUCAUCAACCCAAUGUCACAUGUGCUGUACCUGCAUCAAGUUCACUUAACCCUUAUAGAUGCAGUAGUAGGUACUUGGGAAUCCCCAUGACAUUGAAACCGCCAUACUUCCCCGACAAUUAUAAAAACCAACCUAGCAGAUCUUUCCAUCCCACUCCCUGCCGAAUUAGAACUGGAACUACAAGACCAAUAAAGCUAGUAGCCGAGCAAAACUUCCGACACAAUCCCAAACAUCACAUUGAAGGUUUUUCUCGGUUGAAUUCUCAACUCUAACUCGGGUAGGGAUCCUCUAAUUCGGGCCGGGGGUGUUGUCUUGGCCCGAGUACAACUACAUACUACAUACUUUUCUAAGUGUUAACAUAUCCAUGAACUGGGCUUGUUGAUGUCGACAAAAGAAC